GCGGUUGCCCUGCGGCUAGCGAGACCCGCUCCGAAGCACCGCCCAUCUCCUCCAUGUCGGCCCUCAGCGAGGCCUCCACGCCGGCCCAGGACGCCGCCGCGCCGUCCCUCGACGCCCACCAGCUCCAGCACGCCCAUCUCGCGGGCGACCUCCAGGCCCAGGGCGUCCUCCACAACGGCCCCCCCGUCCCCGACUCUGGCCGUAAACGUGAGCCUCCGGCCCCAUCUGCGUCCGUCCGGCCACUGAGCGGGCAUUUUGUAGCCAAAGCACCGUCUGUGCGCCGGGCGUGCACCGCGUGCCAUGCGGGUAAAACUAGGUGCAGCGAGGUCCUCCCAUGCCAGGUACGGCCCUGCUGCCCCACCCCCAUCAAUCCUCACCUGUCUGCCCGGCAGAGCUGCUUGAAGAGGGGUCUGGGCGACGGUUGCCAGUACCCAGAUCCCGAUGCUGAAAACAGCGUAGCACACAACCAGCCACCGCCCCAAGUGCAGUUCGCCCCGCCUCCGGGCAUGUAUCCGCCGCCGCCGCCCCCACCGAUGCAGGCCUUGGGGCAUGCGUACUACGACUACAACGCCUUCGCUGCGAGCACGGCUACUGCCGGCUCCUCCGCCCCUGCCUCCGCCUCCGCCUCCGCCUCCAACUUCCGCCCCGCCAAACGUCCACGCAACCUCACGGAAGAGGAGGCAGCAGCCAUCACCCGAAACUUCACGCGCGGCGAUUUCUUCGUCGGCACCAGCGCACCCGUGCGCAUCGAUCCCCGCCUCCCCGUCCGGCUGACGCUGGCCGAAGGGGACCAAGUUCACUUCACCAUCGGGGAGACUAUCGUUUAG